AAGUAAACUGAAAAAGAAAUUCAAAAUUCAAAAUUGAAAAUUGAAGCAGCGAAGAUGAGACCUAGCGGCCCCGUUCGCCGGCAACCGAAGGACUCCUUCAUCCCUCCACCGCCGACACCCUCCUACCGCCCCCGCGACUCCGAUGCCAGCAGCCGCCCCUCCUCCGUCGGCAUCGGCGCCCGUCCCACUCUCGACCUCUACAAGGAGCGCUCGUUCCAACAAUCAGCGGUUUCCACCAUCAACUCGUUCCUCGCUUCCCAUAACUUCCCCAUCACGUUCAAACCUGCAUCAUCUCCUUCCUCCAAAGACAUCCAUGAAACCCUCAAGUUCCUCCUCUCUCUCCUCCUCGAUUCCCCUUUCAAACUCGAAGACGAUCUUCCCUUCCUCCUCAAGCGUCUCAAUUACCCUUUCAAACUCAACAAAUCGAUCCUCAAAUCUCCGGCAGCGCCGCACCAGUGGCCAACGUUCCUCGCUCUCCUCCACUGGCUUGUCCAGAUCUGCAAAUCUCUCCACCAUAACCUCUCGAUUUCUUCCCCUUCACCUCUCCAUAAUAACCUCCUCUUGACCUACACGCUCAACAGCUACCUCCACUUCAUCCGCGGCGAUGACGACGCUGUUGACAAUCUCGACCAGCAAAUCCGCGAGAAGAUCCUCCAUGAGAAGGCCCUUGCUCAGGAGAAACUCAAGUCCACCAUGGACGCUGCUGCUGCCUUGGAGGCGGAACUGGAGAGGCUCAGGAACGCGCCUUCGCAGCGGGAGUUGCUUGAGAAGGAGAAGGCUAUGCUGGAGGAUGAUGUGAAGAAGUUCCACAAGAUUAUUGAGGAGUUUUCGUUGAAGAUUGAGGCUAUGGAGAAGGUGUUGGCGGAGAAGGAGAAGCAGCUUGAGGCUAAGGUUGGGGAGAAUGCGAUGAUUUGCGAGGAGAAUGGGGAGCUGAAGAGGAGGGUGGAAAUGCAAACGUUUAAUGUCAGAGAUGUGGAGCGGAUGAGGAAGGAGUUGCAGGCUGUGGAGAGGGAUAUCGGGGAGGCUGAGCUUGCUAGGAAUACAUGGGAGGAAAAGUGUUGGGAAACUGACGCUGAGCUCGGCCACAAGGUCAAGGACCUGGAGGCACUCGCAAUGGAUGGUAACCAGGGCCUUAGAAGGCUGAAGAUCGGCAAUGGUGUUCAAUAUCAGUUGAAUCCCAAGGGAACUACGCCUGCUGAGAUAAUGGGCAUUGAUUACAAAGUCACACUGAAGCCUGCACUUAACUCCUUUGCUGAUGAGAUCAAGAAAAAUUCUAUGGGGAAAUUGGAAGAGUCAAUUUCCCUUCGGCAGAAGUCGAACGAAAAUGCUGCUAGGCUUGAGGGGAAAAGAAAUCAGCUUGCAGCAAUGCAGUCAUACAUUGAUGAAAUGGAAGCUCAAAUGAACAUCAUGAAGAAGGAAACACAGGACUACACAGGUAGAUGUUCUGCUGAAGCUCAGAAAAUGUUGGAGGAUGUCCAGCUAGCAGAUCAUGACUUGGACAAUAUGGAAAGGGAGGUAGCUGAGGUUUUAAAGGCCUCUGAGUUGAAGUUGCAAGAAGCAACCAAACAAAGUGAAGAAGAAAUUCAAGUGCAUGCUCGCAAACUCUUUAAGUUGGUUGAUUCAGUCUCGCAAUACAAAGAACAUGUGGGUACUAAAGUUUCAGAGAUGAAGAGGGACCUAUCUGAAACUGCAAAUGCUGUCUCAGAAACAUACCAAGGUUCAUUCUCAGCUGAAUUUGGUAGAGUAUUCAAUGCAACCCGCCAACUUGAGUAAAAAAAUUAGGUGAAACAUAGUGUGUGUGUGUAUAUACCUUCUCCAUGGCACUUUUUUCUUUUCUGCACACUGCAACUGUUGCUUCAUUUAGUUUUCCGUUUUUAUUAUUAAUUGCUGGUUAUGUGAACCAUUUGAUCAAUGAAGCUCUACUUUGAUGACAAGUGAUGUAUUUCUCCAAACAAUGUUACGCCCGCACACUUAUACGUGCAUUAACUCAAGGAAGAUAUAAAGCUUAUCA